GUCAACGCGCGGCUCCCCCGGCCAUCUGGGGCGGCCAACGUUGUUGCGAUAUUUAGGAGCUGAAUAGCUUGAAGCUCACAUCAUUACACCAGACAUCCAUGACGGAUAGAUACGACGUAUAGUCGUAUCCGCUGUUCUUAUUAUUCUCGUAUGCUCUCUGAUCGAGACUGAUAUUUUGCACAUAUCUAUUGCGCCCUGCAACCCGGGACCUUCGGAGUCUCAGAGGCCACCGUUGACACUCAGCAUGAAAGGCUGGUUCAAGGCGCUCUGCCUGCCAGCUUUGCUGGCAACAUGCGCACUUGCUAACGAAGUCGAAUUGAAACAAGAUGAUGCUCAUCGACAACGAUGCUCGGGCAUGUAUAGCCGGAAAGCAUGGGGAGGCGACCUCGAGCCAUUCAUUUUGACGAAAUUCAUGAAGAGCACAGUCCAGGAUGAUAGCGAUCCUAUAGUUAGUUUGGUCAUCUUUGAGUGGAACGACGAAGCUCUGAUUGGAAGGAAUGGACCCAAUGAUGCUGAGGAAACGAUUUGUGACGAAGGAAAUGUCGAAGCGAAGCUCUGUACUGAGGAAGAGAUUGGUUCUUUCAUUCUUGCACCCAAUGCGACCGACCUGGCAAAGUCACCUAUCAUAUCGAAAGCGGUACACCUGAAGGAUCCAGUGGCUGUUAACUAUCCAGUGAAGGCAACGGGGUUUUAUUGUGUUAGCACGUACGCGUACUCAGGCCAGGAUUAUACUGCGGUUGUCGAGUUUAGAAAUGCCUAUGGCGAGCUUCCAGCGGCGCAAAUAGCGAAGUUGCCUUUCUAUGGAGGACUAACCAUUGUAUACGCUGUUAUUGGAGUGUUUUGGGCUUUCCUCUACGUGCAAAAUCGCCAUGAUAUUUUACCGGUCCAGAAUUAUAUCACGGCUAUUAUUGUCUUCUUGAUUGUGGAGCAGUUGAUGACCUGGGGUUUCUACGAUUAUCAAAACCGACAUGGUCUGAACGCUAUGGCAAAGGUCCUUAUGGUCAUUGUGGCUAUUCUGAACGCAGGCCGUAACUCUUUCUCCUUCUUCCUGCUUCUCAUCGUCUGCAUGGGUUAUGGUGUUGUGAAGCCAUCUCUUGGCCGUACCAUGAUCUAUGUGCGCCUACUUGCUAUCGGUCACUUCGUCUUCGGUGUCAUUUAUGCCAUUGCAAGUCUGUCUAUUACCCCGGAUACUGCAGGACCGCUAAUCCUGCUCGUUAUCUUACCCCUCGCCGGUACUCUCACCGCAUUCUACGUGUGGACCUUGAACUCAUUGAACAUGACCAUGAAAGAUUUGGUCGAGAGGAAGCAGACAGUCAAGGCUCUGAUGUAUAAGAAGCUCUGGUGGUGCAUUUUGAUUAGCAUCAUCGUUAUCUUCGGCUUCUUCUUCGUCAACUCGUUCGCUUUUGCAGGCCAUAGCGAAGCAAACUUUGUUCCCGAGCACUGGAAGACCAGAUGGUUUGUCCUGGACGGAUGGCUCAACAUUGUCUAUUUAUUUGACAUUAGCUUUGUCGCUUAUCUUUGGCGGCCGACGGCCAACAACAGAAGAUUUGCCAUGAGUGACGAACUUGCCCAGGAUGACGACGGUUUCGAGAUUCGCUCUCUCGCUACAUCUCUGGACGAGGAAUUUGCACUCCCUGAUGAGAAUGAAGGUCGGCCACGGCCUGAGCCGCAGCGUGAGCUCUCACCUGUGCCUCCUAAGCCAGUUCCUUCCGCUCCACGACAGAGAGAAUCUCUCGAUGGCGAGACGAUCUUUGCUGUCGGUGAAGAUGCUGACAAGUGGUCCGACGAGGACGAAUCUCCCCGCAAUUCUGGCGAGAGGGAACGACUAACGGGAAAGGACCAUGACUAGAUGGACGGAGCGAGUCCGUGGAGAGGGGAUGCGUUGUCUCUGCGAUACCGAAGCUUUGAUAUCUUAUAUUGACCUCUGGGACAGCUCCCUGAGAAGAAAAGACCCUUUCUCUCACUGGAAGAUUUUCCUUCCUCUUUUGUAUUUCUUUUCUCAGGAUCAAUAAGCAUUACUGGGGCGUUUUCUUUUUGUCUCUCUUAUUCCUAUCGAUGGUUCAACGAGGUAUUCUGGGAUCUUUUAAUUUCUUAUUACGCUCCUGAUUCUCGAUCCCUUCUGUCAUUUCCGGCUGCUACAGUUAUUGAUCUUCCGCGUACACUCUACUGUACAGUGAAAUGAUUUCCAGGGGAGUUUUAACUCUAUCGAGUCUCAUACUA